CGGCUCAAACUAAUCUUUCUUAAAGUGAAUCAUUCCACACAACUUGAUCCCCUGAAGAAGAACCUCUGUCAGCACAAUGGAGACAUCAGCCCCAUCCAAGAUAUCCAAAGCCAACACCACCUUCGCUCUGGACCUAUUCAAAAAGCUCAGUGAUGCCGACAAGACCGCAAAUAUCUUCUACUCCCCCUUCAGCAUCUCUUCAGCCCUGGCUAUGGUGAUGCUGGGGACCAGGUGCAAAACAUCUGCACAGAUGUCAGAGGUCCUGUGUUUUACUGAGACCCAGAAACCAAAGGAGUUAGGAGCAGAGACAACAUCAUUGCAGUCCCCAAUGCAGUCGCAGAUGCAGAUGCGGAUGCAGAUACAGGAGCAGAUGCAGAAGACCAGCAGACUGCCACAGUAUCUGCGCAAGUGCCUGAAGCCUGAGAAAGAUGAAGAGGAGAUCCACGCAGACUUCUCCAAACUUCUGAGUGAGCUCAUCAAGGACGACGCUCCGUAUGCCCUCAGCCUCGCCAACAGGCUUUACGGGGAGCAGUCCUACCAGUUUGUUGAGCGUUUCUUAGAAGAAACCAAAAAGUACUACAGCGCUGAACUGGAGUCUGUGGACUUCAAAGCCAGCGCAGAAGCAGUCAGGGUCAACAUCAACAGCUGGGUCGAGGGGCAGACGCAAGGUAAAAUUAAGGAUGUGCUUGCUGAGGGUGUGGUGGACAACAUGACCAGGUUGGUGCUGGUCAACGCCAUCUACUUCAAAGGGAAAUGGGACAAACAGUUCAAGAAGGAUUCGACUGUUGAUGCUCCGUUUAAAAUGAACAAGAAUGACUCCAAAUCGGUGAAGAUGAUGCAAGAGAAAAGUACAUUUCUUAUCACCUCCAUUACCGAGUUCAACUGCCAGAUCCUUGAGAUGCCUUAUAAAGGGAAAGACCUCAGCAUGCUCAUCUUCCUGCCCAAUGAGAUCGAGGACGAGACAACGGGCCUUGAAAAGCUGGAGAAGGAGCUGACCUAUGAGACAUUUGUGGAGUGGACUCGCCCAGACAUGAUGAGUGAAACUGAGGUGGAGGUGAGGCUGCCUCGAUUCAAGAUGGAGGAGUCGUGUGACUUGAAAGACAUCCUGAUCAGCAUGGGCAUGGUGGACGCUUUUGAUGUCAGGAUGAGUGACUUUUCAGGCAUGUCCCCAGCAAAUGACCUGGUAGUGUCAAAAGUCAUCCACAAGGCUUUUGUUGAGGUCAACGAGGAGGGAACUGAGGCUGCUGCUGCCACUGCUGUCGUGCUAACAGAACGCGCUUUAUUGGUUCCGGUUACGUUCAUCGCUGACCACCCCUUCCUCUUUUUCAUCCGACACAAUGUCACCAAAAGCGUUCUCUUUGCUGGCCGAUACUGCUCCCCUGAGUGAGCGCUGCUGUAUGUCCUGCAGUACAGAUUACAGUACACCAUUGUCCCUAUGCUGACACAUCACAAGUCAAUGUGACUGGGUUUCUUUUUAGGAAGUUAACACAAACUUGUUCCCCUUUCCAGCACAUAAUUUUUUUACAGCAUCUUGACAUAGAUACACUGGAGUGAUUCAAGUGUGCAGAUCCACUCAGAUGUUAGAGAUGCCGCUGACUUUUUUUAACAGUUAUGAAAGUGUGUUCUGGGGUUGUGAUAAUGUUGAUGUGAAGUGCACAAAGACACUUGACAUGUAACAGAGACCACAUUAAAUCAUGUGUUGUGUAUUUGAGUCAUGGCCCCGUGGCUGCUCUUUGAUUCCUAGCUAUGUGUGCUGGUAAUGUUUGAUUCUCCUUCUCUGUGAUCCACGUCCUAUUUUCUCAUUCCAUUCAUUAUAUUAUUCAUUCAUCUGUCACAAGUGGAACGUUUAGCAAUUGUUUCCCACGGUCUUAAUAACAAAUUUGGUCUAAAAUGUCAUUAGUUCUUCUGUCCAUAUAUUGACCAAAAUGUAUAAGAUUAAUAUUUUCCUGUAAUUGAGUAUGAAAUAAAAUGGUCUUACUUCUGUUUAUGCAAUCUGAAUGUCUUACAAAUCAUGGCGUUCUCGUCUUUAUCUAGAGAGAAUAUAUCAAUUAUGUAAAGUGUUGACAUUAUGAGAAGGAAGAAACCGAAUAAAGAGUCUUUUGUCA